AUGCCCUCGUCGAACGAUGCCUCCGGGAUCAUCAUAUCAGAUGUGAUUGGAAAGGUGCAGGAUAUUGCGAUCUUCAGUGAUCUGACGCGCAACGUCGAUGCCGUGUCUGGUCGCCUUGAAGACGCAGCGCAGAAUGCCACGGUGCUCGCGCCAGACAACACUGUCAUGAAGAACCUGAAGAGGAAGCCGUGGGAAGACCCGCAAGACUACAAUCAGUUCGGCGCGCAGGCGUAUGAGGGUAGCAGCGGCUUAGAUCGCGCGCACAGCAACCUCGAGCGGUUCGUCAAGAGGCACAUCGUUGCCGAGAGUCCAUGGGAAGAAGGCAGGAAAGUAAAGACGCUAGCCGGCAACGAAGUCUGGUGGGAGUCCAAGGACGGUCAGAAGACAAUCCAGCCCGGCAACAUUGAGGUCACGAGUACUCCUGACAAGGUCGCGAACGGCGAGAUCUGGGUCCUUGGGGGAUCUCUGUCAUAG